AUGCCUGCAGAUUGGCGAACUGAUAAAUCUGGAAACGUGAAGGGGUUUAUUAGGAGAAAAGGCGACCCCAACCCAAUGAAUUGGGGAUAUAAAGUUGAUGAUAAGGUUUUGAGUCAUCCAAAGGCUGGUAUGGUCAAGACUGAUGUGUCUAAACCCAAGAAAGAUGAUAAGUGCAAGAGCUGUGAGAAGAAAAAGGAGAAAGAAAAAAAGAAGAAAGAGAAGAAGGACAGUGCCGGCGGUUGUCUAGUAUCAUAG